CAAAAACUUACUACUGAGCAGACGUUAGAAACGAUCUGGGUGGGUUUGUUUUUGUGUCACGUGUACUUCAAAAUAAAGGUGAUGGUGUGAGCUUUCUGCUGUCAUGAGCGCUCUGUUUGCGUGUGAGGAGCCAGGCGCAUGGAGGAAAGUGUAUGAGAAAUACUGGGAUGUAGUGGAAGCCAAGGCCAAAGUCAAGAAACCUGGGAAGCUGCUGGACCUUGAGCGGUGGUACCAACAGGAGCUGCCCUCACUGAUUUCAAGUCGGCCUGACAAACACGUCUCUCUAUCAGAGCUAAAGAAACUGAUGGAGUGGAAGCUCACUAGAGGGAAGUUCAGGCCGAGGCUGCAGCAGCUGGUGGCUUCCAACAGCGAGGACGAGGUGGAGAAAUGUUCCAGAAAGGCCUUCACCCUUCUGCCUGACGUGCAGGCCGCCAUCGCAGAGCUCAGCUGCCUGAAAGGAGUCGGUCCAGCCACUGCUUCAGCUGUGUUAGCAGCGGGAGCUCCAGAACAGGCUGCGUUCAUGUCUGAUGAAGCCAUGGAGAGCGUACCGGGACUGAAGCCCAUCCAUUACACCGCCAAGCACUACACAGUGUACCUGGAAAAGAUGACUGAGAGGACCGAAAAACUAAACAGAGUGGAUCCGCUGCAGGACUGGACGCCCCACAGGCUGGAGCUGUGUUUGUGGGCGAUGAGCAUAGCCACACAGCUGCAGCUCCAACUUCUAAAGGACAUCGAUGUGAGGGGGAACGCAGCGGGGAAGAAGUGCUCCGACAGUGAAGCUGACCAGAGACCAACAAAGAAACUCAAAUCUGCAUAAAACCGAACAUUUUACAUGAAUGCCGAUUUAAAAUUUGUAGUUUUUUCCUUUUUCCAAAAUGAUAAUAAAACCUUUUUGUGGUAAAGUGUUGCGGAUCGACUAAUCCAUCACGUGUCUCGGUUAAAUAACGUCAAAAGCAGUAGGAUGUUGCCACAGUAUUGUUCUUUAUUUAUAUUGUUUCUAAAUUAAAGCAAAGUACAAUGAACAGUACAAAAUAAAACAAAAUAUAUUCAUAUAUAUACACAAUAGAAAAUGGUUCCGUUCAGAAUAUUUAAAAAGUACAAUAGAUUGUGAAAUCAUUAAUGAGGACUUUGAUAUAAAUUAUCCAUAGGUAAAUUUAGCUGUCCUUCAAUUUCCUCUUGACAGAGAGGAAAAAAAAUAGCUUCUUCUUGCCUGUUCUUUUUGUAAACGCUGUGUUGGUACAACCUCUUGUCUGGGUCUGAGAGGCUGAACCUCGUAAGCUUGGCACCAUUUUAUAGAUACGAGUAAGCAGCUCAUGAGAAACUACCAGAGCAGCACAGGUACGACUUUUGUCAUCCUAAACUGUGGGAGGGGUUCAACUCUUGCUUUAUGAAAUGACAUGUUUGCAUGAUAUCGUGUGGCUCAGCAUUUGCGAUCAUACUAAAGCUAGAAAAUGAGGUUUCAGCAGUGUUCCCUCCUCUCCACCUUUUGUUCCAUCUGUACUCUAAGACAGACUUCACUAAUGACUGUGUGGUUUGCAAGUGUAUCUUAAAUUUUAGCAGCUAGGUGGGCCCUGACUAUCAUUUUCUUUUGUAUCAAUAUUGAGAUUAAUGUGAGAAAUCCAAACUAAAUAUCUUCUGGGGCCCUUUAAGAACCUUUACUAAGUCUCCUAAGGGUUUAAAUGUAAAUGUCCACUCACUCUUGUUUGUAGAUCAGCUACAGUGCUAUAUCUAAGCAGAACUAAACACACAGAAAAGGCGACCUGGCCGGCCUGUUGUGGCACACAGCAGUUCAGAAGAGCUACUGGACACACGGAUAUUUGCACUGUGGUUUCCGUCUCUUAUGGAUUCUCUGCAUCGUCGUUUAGAUGGCUGUCGGCGAAGCAGCCUUUCUGCCUGGUGCUUUGCUUUGAGCUCAUAUA